CAGGAACCUCUACUCGAGCCAAACAGCUGAGUUGUGUUUUUCAUCAUUCAGGUUGACUGAUUUGGAGUUCCUCAUCAGAGACGCUGUCUCUCUCUCUCUCUCUCUCUCUCUCUCUGUCUGUGUGUGUGUGUGUGUGUGUGUGUGUGUGUGUGCGUGCGUGCGUGUGGGGCACAAUGCAAAGUGGCACUGAGGCUUGCAUCCCUGCAGUCAAGUGUUAAAAUGGUGCCUGUUUAUGCUGCCUAUGCCUUGUUGAGCCUUGCACCCCUGUUGGUGCUCGGUGUUCCUCCCAUUUGGAUCCAGCCAGAGCAGGUGCACCUCUCCUAUCCAGGAGAGCCAGGUUCUAUGGAGGUGACCUGGACCACUUUCAAUAAGACGGAGAGCAAAGUGGAGUACGGCUUGCUUGGGGGUCGCCUUUUUGAGUUUACGGCCAAAGGUGACGCUACUCUAUUUGUGGACUCUGGAGAAGAGAAGAGGAAGCUGUACAUCCACAGAGUCAUUGUCAAAGGCCUCAAACCUGCUGCUACUUAUGUGUACCACUGUGGCAGUGAUGUGGGCUGGAGUGACCUGUUCACCUUCACUGCCUUGAAUGACAGCACUAGUUUCAGUCCCAGGUUUGCUGUGUACGGUGACCUGGGCAAUGAGAACCCCCAAUCUCUGGCUCGACUGCAAAAGGAAACGCAGCUCAACAUGUAUGAUGCCAUCCUACACAUAGGGGACUUUGCCUAUGAUAUGCAUGAGGAUAAUGCCAGGAUUGGAGAUGAGUUUAUGCGGCAGAUCCAGUCCAUAGCAGCCUAUGUGCCCUACAUGACCUGUCCAGGCAACCAUGAAGCUGCAUACAACUUCUCCAACUAUAGAAAUCGCUUCAGCAUGCCAGGCCAGACUGAGAGCCUGUGGUACAGCUGGAAUCUUGGUUCAGCGCACAUCAUCUCCCUCUCCACUGAGGUUUAUUUCUAUCUUGAAUUUGGCAAGGACCUUAUCUUCAAGCAGUAUGAGUGGUUGAAGAAGGACCUGGAGGAGGCCAACAAGCCCGAGAACAGAGCAGUGCGUCCAUGGAUCAUCACCAUGGGACACAGACCCAUGUACUGCUCUGAUGACGACCAGGAUGACUGCACCAAGUUUGACUCAUAUGUUCGGCUGGGACGAAAAGACAUCAAACCACCAGCUCCUGGUCUAGAGGAUCUAUUCUACCGCUAUGGCGUAGAUGUGGAGUUGUGGGCACAUGAGCACACGUAUGAGAGGCUUUGGCCAGUCUACGGUGACAAAGUGUACAAUGGAAGCAAAGAGCAACCUUAUGUGAACCCCAAAGCUCCAGUGCACAUUAUUACAGGCUCUGCUGGCUGCAGAGAGAAGCAUGACAAUUUCAAUCCAAACCCCAAAGACUGGAGCGCUUUCCGCAGCACUGACUACGGCUACGCCCGCAUGCAAGUGGUCAAUGCCACCCAUCUUUACUUGGAGCAGGUCUCUGAUGACCAGUACGGCAAGGUGAUUGACAGCAUAUGGGUGGUGAAGGAAAAGCAUGGCCUGUCUGCCUGGUUCUGAAGAAAAUUCUGCUGAGGAAAUGCACUUUAAAAAUUGAAACAAGCACAUUUUGUCACACCAAAUCAUAACAGAAAUUACGAGGAGUUUUCACUCCUGGUCAAUCAGCUAUUCAAAUUAAGCAGGUUUGAAUCUUUUCAUUUCUUUCUUGGUCCACAGUGU